AUGAUCCAUGCUGUUCUCAUCUGUAAGACCCCGUUUCUCGAGCUCGGAGGUGUUGUUGUUGAGGGCCCUACAGUCAACACAUCUGGCGUGGCACGGCUCAGCAAGUUCUACACUCCGCUGCAUCAGUCAGCGCAAACGCUGAUACCGAAGAUAUUCUCUCUUGUCUGUUCAAGACCGGCCAGUUUAUGCAACUUUCUUGAUGCCCCAGAGCUAGAGGCAUUUCUGGGACCGAAAGGUGACGAGGAUGAGCGGUGGAGAAUAGUCUAUCGCAGCUACGCGACGCUCUAUUUCGUAUUCGUCGUCGACGGAGCUGAGAGUGAGCUGGGUAUUCUUGAUCUCAUUCAAGUUUUUGUGGAAUCAUUAGACCGCGCUUUCGAGAACGUGUGCGAGUUGGAUCUUGUCUUCCAGUUUGAUGAGGUGCACCAUGUCUUAGCUGAGCUAAUACAAGGAGGACUUGUACUCGAGACGAAUGUAGAUGAAAUAGGCAACUCUGUGCAACUUGCGUCUAAAUUGCGCAAGGAAUCAUUUACCGCAGCAAACCCGCUGUCAUUAGGGACAGGUGUUGGAGGAGCAGGAUCGCGUGGUAGUAACCUCAAGUCGCCGUUGGGUUGGUUGACGGGCAAGAUAACGGGAGGCAGAGCAAUGUAA